AUGGAUGAGUCGGAACUGCUCUUCAAUUUGUUCUACUUCCUAUUGUGCAUGUGCGUCAUUUAUCCGCCCGAGGAAUUUCAGCGUCUGGGCUUUACGAUUGAGCAGGUGUUCUCGCGAUUCCUGGGAGAGGAAUAUCGUGAUUUUGUUGGCUACCAUUUGCGCCGCACAUCACUCAAUCUCUUCGUACACAGCUGCCUGCCCGUCACAUAUUUCCUCAUACACAGAUUGAAGUUUUCAGUUUUUGCCACACAACAACCGCUCGAGGAUAAUGAGCUUGACCCGGAUUUUCCCAUGCCACAGGAGGCAGUGGCCUUUAAAACACUCACCUGGAAAAUGGCGCAACGCUUCAGUGUGCUGGCUGUGUUAGCCGUGCCGGCUCUAAUCUUUAAUUGGCAUCAGCAAAACUGGCGCCGACAUCCCAUAAACAAAACACUGGCCAAAUACUCGAAUACUCCAGGCAGUUACAGCGUCGUAGCCAGCGACAUUGGCACCGAGUUCCGUCGCCAGGAUAUUUACAAAAAGAAACUCAACUCCAUUAGCAUGGUGAUUGCCACAGAGAACUGGAUUAUCAAAACAACCAUGUAUAAUGUCAACUUUGCGCACCAAGCCAACACUUCACUCAGCGUUGCCAAGGCGGAAACUUACAAUAUAUCACACCACGAUCAAAACGAUACCUUGCAAAUGAUUAGCAUUGUUGUGCGACCGAUGCGUCAAGGCGUUUCCGAUUUUAACAUUCGCAUCAAUGCAUUAGAAUUUCGGAGCUUGGAGGAUCGCCUAAGACGUCCUAUUACCAUACCCUCUAACAUACAAUUCCAUCGAAGCGUCAUCGAUCGGUUUGUGGAUGUAUUCAAAACGCAGGUGGCCCUCAAUCCAAUCUUCAGCUCAGAGCCCAUUACAGACAAGUGCUUUGCCUGCAUGCUAGCCGAGCCCAACAUCAAAAUAAACAAGCAAUGCUCCGAUUUGAAUCGGGCAGGCGCGCCUCUAACAGAUGAGGCAUGCUGCUCCAAUUGCUAUUGUCGGCCCAUGUGGUGUGUGGAGUGCUUGGCGCGCUGGUUUGCAGCCCGUCAGAGUGACAUCGAUCGUGAGGUAUGGCUAGAACAGAAGUGCACAUGUCCCAUGUGUCGUGCCAAAUUCUGUGUGCUAGAUGUGAGCUAUAUAAGAGCGACAGUGGCCACCAACGAAAACGACGAUGACGCCUUAUGAUUUAGUUAAAUGAAUGAAACGUUUAAGGAAAAGGAACCUUAUGCUUUAUUUGAUUAUGUUUUAAGCAUUGAAUUUUUACUAAAGUUAAGACAAAUAUACAUAUGUAUAUAUAUA